AGAAGGCGACGGAAGUACUUGCCGGAAGAAGGUAGGCAGGGCCAGAGGCAAUCCAAUGGUAAACGGCCCCUGGAGGAAAAGGGCGGUACCCCGUGAAAAGAUUAACCAAUGAGGAUCAUUGACGCCAGACACCGGGACGGCGCCGGGGCGGAGGGGACGAUGGAGAAUUUCACGGCGCUGUUCGGAGCCCAGGCUGAUCCGCCACCUCCGCCAGCGGCACUCGGCUUCGGACCCGGGAAGCCGCCCCCUCCGCCGCCGCCGCCUCCGGGCGGGGGGCCGGGCCCGGCCCCGCCCCCGACCGCCGCCUCGGCCCCUCCCGGGAGCGACAAGUCGGCGGCAGGCUGCGGCCCCUUCUACCUAAUGAGGGAGCUUCCAGGCAGCACCGAGCUGACGGGCAGCACCAACCUGAUCACACACUACAGCCUGGAGCACGCCUAUAAUAAAUUCUGUGGGAAGAAAGUGAAGGAGAAGCUGAGCAACUUCUUGCCCGACCUGCCGGGCAUGAUUGAUCUGCCUGGUUCCCAUGACAACAGCAGCCUGCGCUCCCUCAUCGAGAAGCCCCCCAUCCUCGGGGGCUCUUUCAAUCCCAUCACAGGGACCAUGCUGGCUGGCUUCCGCCUGCACACCGGCCCGUUGCCGGAGCAGUGCCGCCUGAUGCAUAUUCAGCCGCCCAAGAAGAAGAAUAAGCAGAAGCACAAACAGAGCCGCACCCAGGACCCCGUCCCUCCAGAGACGCCGUCUGAUUCAGAUCACAAGAAGAAGAAAAAGAAAAAGGAAGAGGACCCUGAGAGGAAGAGGAAGAAGAAGGAGAAGAAGAAGAAGAAGAACCGACACAGCCCGGAGCACCCCGGGAUGGGCAGCUCUCAGGCCAGCAGCAGCAGCAGCCUCCGCUAAGGGGCCGGCGGACCCUGCUAGGACUUCCCUGCUGGGCCGGAGCCGGCCCGGGUCAGCGCCUGGGCGCCCAGGCAGAAGCCACUCCGCCGGAGGAGCCGAAAGGGAGACGGGCUGGGCUCCCGGCGGCCUCUGCCUGGCUCCCUUCCUCACGGACACCUCUUCCCUUUCCAGGAAGCUUUCUGUUCACCUCUUGUGUGCAGUUUGUCUGAUGUAGGACUUGGUCUGGUUUGUUAGGAUUUUUGUUCUCUUAAAAUUGCAUUUAUCAAACUGGCUGAAGUGUGGCUGCCUUUGAGGAGGUAAGUGCCUUUCCGUGGGAGUCAGGGCGUAAGCCAAGGCGUGCUGAGGUCUGAGGGGGCUCGGACCUUGCGUGACGCUGUCUCCUCAGCAGGCGGGGCAGCCGGGGAGGAGGGUCCAGAAGCGGGUACCUUUCUGCCCCAGGCACGUUAGCGCCGUGCCCCUAAGGUUGCCAGCCAUUGCCUGGAUGACCUUCCCGCUUACGGCCCAGCUGUGUCCUAGGUCAGUUUCGUGUGGAAACUCGGUAGCCGAAGGAGAAAGCACCCACCCACGGUCAGAAGUGAAUUUCAGCAAGAUUGCUACUUGGUCAACGCUGUGGUUUUUUAAAAAAAAUAAAUUUCUGGCAAGGAAAGGUAAA